AUGACUUGGCGAAGCUUUUUGACGGGUGGUAUUAAAUAUUGGAAAAGAUUGCAGAAAUUCCCUGUGAUCCUCAAACAGCCUGGUAUAUAUUUGAUUUCAAAGUGUUCUUUCCCACAUCAAUGCAUUCAUCCAAAUACUUUGGGACUAUUUAAGCACUUUGGUUGUUACACAAAAGACACAUCGCUGGUCAGAACAGUUUACAGGACGAUAGUUAACAGCAGUACGGAGCAACGGCCAAAUUUAUUAUUAAGAUUUAGCAGGCAUUUCGCAGCAGCUGCUGAUCUGAGGCAUAGUUAUCAUCAUCAUAACUCUUUUCACCCAAUCAAUGAAGCCUGUAAACCGAAACGUAAAUCAUGGUUGGAAAAUCUCUUUGGUAGAAACAAACACAAAUCAUUGUCCAGUUUGGUUACAAAUUGUGCUAACACAAUAGUCCCCAAAGAAUUUAUUGCUGCAGGAUGUAACAGUGCUGUAUGGGGUGCGGAAAUUCGUAAGCAGCAUCAAAGUGGCAAUGAAACUAUUGAUGAAUUAGCAGUCAAGGUGUUAUAUAACUACUAUGUGAAUUCGUCGUCUUACGGAAAAGCGAGCACAAAACUUGAGAGUGGUGAUAAUAGUGAUACACUGAAAAAUAUUCCUGAAAAUUGGAUAUUGCUUCAUCGUCAAAUUCAAAGGGAAUGCGAACUUCGCCCCCAAACAAAUCAUCCCAAUAUUGUUCCAAUAGUUGGACAUUUUGUCGAUCGUGCACCUCAGUGUAAGGUGAACGGGGAAUCCGUUGGUAAGAGUUCUGGUGAACUUGAAAAAGAUACUUGUUUGACUGAGCUCAACGAAUCCAAAUGUUUGCAAUUUUCUGGAAAUGUUAGUCGGUCAGUGCAUUCAUCUAGUACUCCAUUUUUGUGCUGGCCAGGAGCAGAAUCCUUUCCUGAAGCAUUUGCUGGUCGACCCUACACAUUCUACAUGUUAAUGCCAAAAUUCGAAGCUACUUUAGAUGAUCUAUUACGAGGAAACAUUAAAUUUAGUUUUCAAAAAUCAUAUACUGAAAUUAUGCGUAAUAAGAUUACUAAGUAUGGACGGAGUGCAUGUGGAGAUACCAGUUCAGCGCAAUUGAAUCAGGAUAUGACUCCGAAUACUACCAACUCUGCGAUAUCUUCUAAAUCUGAUAAUGUCGACGUACAUUCUCAAACCGUCACAGAUGAUGAUGCAUAUAUCAAGCAUGCUGAGUCGUAUCUUUCUGUUGAUGAUAUUGUAGCCAUUCUCGUUCAAAUAUUCGAAGCUGUCGCUGAACUUGAAGCUCAUGGAAUAGCUCAUCGAGAUAUUAAACCCAAUAAUAUCCUAAUACGUCAACGUGUUCCAUUCGAAAGUGACCAAAUUUCUGGUUUGAAGUCUACAAGAUUAACUUUUGAAUCUACUCAAGAUCCAGCCUUAAGAUGGUUGAAUGAUAAAGAAGUGGAAAUCACUAAUUCACAUUUCUGUGUGGCUGAAGCUGCAUCAUCAUUUAAUCAGUCGAAAUUGAAAACUGCUCUCACCAAUUUAAUUGGUGUUCUUAGUGAUGAUGAUGAUAAUGUAUACAUCAAUCAUAGUGGGAAUACAGCUCUUUUAGCUCCAGAAAUCGCAUGCAGUUUUCGUAAUUUGCCCAUUGAUUAUUCUCAUAACCGGAAUUUAACCGGUCAAGACUAUGCACGUUCAGAUUUAUGGGCAGCAGCAACACUAAUAUAUCCGCUUUUUGGAAUGUCGAAUCCUUUUGUUGAUGGUACACUUUCAUCUGUUGAUUAUUCUGAAGACGCUUUACCCCAACUUCCUCCUGAAGCUCCGAAAAUCAUGACAUGGGUUUUGCACAGGUGUCUGAAACGUGAUCCAUCUAAAAGGCCUAGAGCUGAUGAGAUUGCAGACAUUCUUCAUGUUUGGUGUUUAGUACGACACCUUCAUCGUAGACAAAAAACCGGCAUUUUAAGAAACUUACAUCAGACAAGUAGUAAGAGUGUGGAUAUUUUGCCUGAAGAAAUCUUAAAUCCUAUGCAGCCUAAUAAAGCCAAACCCAUGCUAUCAAAUAAUCGCCUAUGUGAGCUUCUUAAUAUAUUUUGGGCGGCCGAUUGGUUGACGGGUGCUGCUCAGCCACUACAAGGUAUUCGCUCGAUGUUUUAUUCACGCGCUACUCCUGGACGGUUCGAGCUUUGUUUGGAUGUUUUGCAUUCUGUGGAUUCAUUUAACAGAGACAAUUUAAUUGAUUCAAUCUAUAACUAGCUAUUUUAUCUCGACUAUUUUGCAUGCUAUAAAAAAAUUAAUGUAGGUUAACCACUUACUUUUAAUUUUUCAUUUAUUCUUUUACGCACUACUCAAUAUGUUGUCUUUCAUCUACCCAUCAACAUUACAACAACUUAUUUUUCAUUUAUCUUGUUUCAUAAUAAACCAAAAUAUGCUAUUGAGUA